UACCAGCUGUACCUUCCCCACACUCCUGGGUGGCAAUCAAUUAUGAUCGAUAAGUAUACCUGCUGCUAGUAUACCUCUGUCCUCACUCCCUGCUGCCUCCACCUUACGGGCCUCGCCGGCUGCUUCUCAGAUCUGCUGCCAACGCCACCUCCCAUCUCUACCAAAUCGCAGCGUUCCUUCUAUCCCUCUUCGUACCCCGCUUUGUCCCUGCUACUCGAUGGAGCCACCGGUGUGAUGGUCUCACAAGGGUAAUGGUAAUGGCUGCAGAGGUGCAGCAUGGUUGAGCGGCAAAAGACCGGAAGGAGAAGGACACCUAAGCUCUUCUCUUUUGGGUUUGCUUGCAUCUAGCAGGGAAAAUGGGGAUGGUCCUGGAUGCUUUUGCAUCCUACGUGCAAAACAUGCUGACAGAGAUGGUGACUGAAGAGGUGCACAUGCUGCUUGGAGUCGGAGACGAAAUCGAAAAGAUGGACGUCAAGCUUCGGGACCUCAAGAACUUCCUCGCCGAUGCUGAUAGGAGGAACAUCACUGACAAGACCAUGCAAGAGUGGGUGGCAGGGCUCAAGCGUGCCAUGUACGAAGCUGCUGACAUCCUCGACCUAUGCAAACUCAAGGCCAUGGAGCAAGGUCAAUCCACCGUAGAUGUGGGGUGCUUCAACCCCUUGCUCUUUUGCAUGCGGAAUCCAGCCCAUGCCCACAACAUCGGCACCCGCAUCAAGGAGCUCAAUAAGAAGCUUGGCACCAUCAAGGAGCGAGGCGAUGCUUUCAACUUUAUCAAUUUUGGUUCCUAUGAGGAUCGUAACAACAGGGUGCAUGCCUCUCAUUCUGGUAUUCGCAGCCGUGAGACGUCGGGGGAGUAUGAUCGGUCAGGUGUAGUCGGAGAAAAGAUCAAAGAAGACUCAAGAGCAAUCAUUGAUAUCAUGCUGACUGAAAAAGAGGGCAACACCAACAUCAUGGUGGUAGCCAUUGUUGGGGUCGGCGGAAUCGGAAAGACUACUCUUGCCAAGAAAGUAUUCAAUGAUGAAAUCAUUAAUGCCGAGUUCGACAAGACAAUAUGGUUGAGCAUCAACCAGAACUUUGACAAGGUUGAGCUGAUCAAGACAAUGAUCACGCUCGCCGGAGGAGAAUGCGGUGGUGGAGCGGUGUUGGCUGUGCUUCAGCCAAUCCUUACUACUGCCGUGACAGGGAAGAAGCUAUUUAUAGUUAUGGAUGAUGCGUGGAGCCCUAGAGCGUGGGACGACAUGCUUGGAAGUCACUUGGCUAAUGUUGUUGCUCGAGGUAGCCGAAUCCUCGUCACUACUAGAGAUGAAAGAAUUGCCCGAGGAAUGAAAGCUAUGUUUCCCUACCACCACAUUGACAAACUAGAGGAGGAGGAUGGCUGGUCAUUGCUCAAGAAACAGAUAGCCUCUUGUGAAACAGAUGGACAUGAAAUAGAUACACUCAAGGAUAUUGGGUUGCAAAUUGUAGCAAAAUGUGAUGGUUUACCUCUUGCUAUCAAAGUAUUGGGAGGACUCCUGUGUCAGAAAGAAAAAAAACACCAUGAGUGGAAAAUGGUUCUGGAUGACUCUAUAUGGUCGGUCAAUGAAAUGCCUGAAGAGCUAAACCAUGCAGUAUACUUAAGCUAUGAAGAUUUGCCUUCUUGCAUCAAACAAUGCCUUCUAUACUACUCCCUUAUUCCUAAAACUGCAACGCUUGAUAAACAUGACAUUGUCGGCAUGUGGAUUGCUGAAGGAUUUCUUCACGGAACCUCAGACAACUUGGAAGAAUUAGGAACCAAGUACUAUAAGGAGCUGAUAGUGAGGAACCUUAUAGAGCCAAAUCCAGAGUACGUUGAUCAAUCUGUUUGCAGCAUGCAUGAUGUUGUUCGCUCAUUUGCUCAAUUUGUGUCCAGAGAUGAGGCACUAGCGGCUCAUAGUGGAGAAACUAAUAUUGGAAGUAAACUUAGUGCACACAAGUUUCUUCGGUUAUCCCUAGAGAGCAAAUCAUCAGAGUCAGAUGGGUUAGAAUGGAGUUCUUUACAAACACAAACGAUAUUGAGAACACUAAUAUUAGUUGGCCAUAUAAAUAUGAAGUCUGCAGAUUUGCUGGUCCAUUUUCCAAGUUUAAGAACUCUACAUGCAGAUUCAACAGGGGUUGGUGAAUUGGCUGAAGUUUUGCAUGAGUUCAAGCACUUGAGGUUCUUGUCCUUGGAGAACUCUGAUAUAGCUUCUCUACCGGAUAACCUUGGAAAGCUGAAAUUCUUGCGGUUCAUUAGCCUCCGCGGAAGCAAGCAAUUUGUGAAACUUCCUGAUAGCAUUGUACAUUUAAGUGAGCUAAGGUUUCUUAACAUCAGUGCCACAAGUAAAUGUAGCAUACCUAGGGGAUUUUGCGGUCUAACAAAUUUGAGGACAGUACAUGGAUUUCCGGCAAUAGAGGAUGGUGAUUGGUGCAGUCUGGAAGAGUUGGGCCCUCUUUAUCAGCUCACUGACAUUGGACUAAAGGGAUUAGAGGAUGUAACUGUGCCAUCAUCUGCAGCAAAGGCAAAGCUUGGCGAGAAGGUGCAUCUUACCUACCUAAGCUUAAGCUGGCAUAGUAGACUGGGAGAUGAUGGGAAGAUUAAAGAGGACGACAGUGUCUCCGAGGAAGAGCAAGAAAAAACUGAGAAGGUGUUUGAUGAGCUCUGUCCUCCGCCCAACUUAGAAUAUAUUUCCAUCUAUGGUUAUUUUGGCCGGCGACUCCCAACAUGGAUGAUGUCAUCAUCAGUUGUGCCCCUCAAGAUCUUGAGGAUUCUGAAUAUUGAAGACUUGGCUUGCUGCACACUACUUCCUGAUGGCCUGUGCCAUCUCCCGUAUUUGGAGUUCAUUCAGAUCUACCGUGCUCCAUCCAUUAAGCGUGUUGGACCUGAAUUCCUGCAUUCCAACCAUCACCAAAGUCUGCCCCCUUCCCAUGUGGCAGUUGCUUUUCCUAAAGUGCAUGAGAUGAAUUUAAUAGGGAUGGUGGAAUGGGAGGAGUGGGAGUGGGUGGAGGCAGUGCAAGCUUUUCCUGUCUUGCGGACACUUGUGGUAAAUCACUGCAAAUUGACGAGUCUUCCUGCUGGCCUAUCCUCCCAGGCAAGGGCUUUAAAUAAAUUAGAUAUAGGGCAUGUCAAGGCUCUCACAUCUGUAAAGAACUUUGCUACCCUGGUCAGGCUGGAGGUAGAUACACUUCCUGAUCUGGAGAGGAUCACUAAUCUUGCCAGAUUGCAAAUACUAAUCAUCGAAGGCUGCCCAAAGCUGAAGGUGCUAGAGGGUGUUCCUGCACUACAGAGCCUCUCGCUCGACGAUGAAGACAUGGAGACACUCCCAGAAUACAUGGGAGGUAUAAGUCCAAGUUGUUUGGAGCUAUACUGCGGCCUAGCGUUGCUCUCGUCCAUAGCCGCGGGACCAUCUGGCCCUGAAUGGGACAAAUUCAGCCGCAUUAAGCAUGUGAAGGCAUAUGCACGUGAAGGAGAUAUGGUAAAGAAAUGGUAUGUCUUGUACACAGACAACCCCUACAAAUUGGAGACAAAUUUCAGCCGCUCUUUCAUGUCUACAGGAACCUUGUCUUGUUUUGAGGACGCGCAAAGAUUUGAGUCUGUCUUCAAAAUGACAAGAAAAACAUUUGACUACAUCUGCAGCUUGGUGAAAGUGCCGUCAUUGGAAGAUAUGGACAGCUACACAUUUGUUGACCGGAGGGUACUGUGUUUACAAGAUCGAGUGGCAGUUGCUCUGAUAAGGUUGUGCUCCACUGAGUCAUCAGAGACCUUAGGAUCCUCUGUUGGUGUGAGCGAGUCAACCAUCAAAUUGGUAACUGAGAAGUUCGUUGAUGCUGUGUGCGAGGAGCGAGCAGCGCACCACUCGUAUUGGCCAGACUCCAGUAAAAUGGAUAAGACAAAAUCCACGUUUGGCAAGAUCCACAAUCUGCAUAACUGCUGCGGUGUUAUAUGUACAACUCACAUCCCAUUUGGACCAAACUGCGACCAUGGGGAGAAUGGCUGCAUUCUGAUGCAAGCCAUGAUUGAUCCAAAGAUGAGGAUCAUGAACCUUUCGUUGAAUUCGUGGGAUAGCAAUACCCAGUUAAGCAUUUUGCAGAAAUCAAGACUCUUCAAGGAGUGCCAGAAGGGUGGUUGGCUGAAUGGUAGCAAGCUGAAGGUAGCAUCAGAUGGAUCAGAGGUUGGGGAAUACAUAAUUGGUGAUGCAGGAUACCCUCUUCUCCCCUGGCUACUCACACCAUACCAGGAAGAAAACCUCUCAGACCCCAAGGUGGAGUUCAACAGGAGACACUCUGCAGCCACAGCCUGCGCGCGGAAGGCGCUGGCGAUGUUCCAAGAAAAAUGGAAGUGCCUGCAGGAAGAUGUGUGGUGGCCGGAAAAUCUGCAAACUAGAUAUAAGAUGAUCUAUGCGUGCUGCAGGUUGCAUAACAUAGUCAUAGAUAUGGAGGAUGAUGCAGGGAUGCCGAGCGCUAAGGCUAAGGAUUGGAAUUACCAUCAGCGAGUGCGCCAGGUAGCAAAUGAGGACGCUGUCAGGGCGAGGGAUAUGCUGUCGGAGUACUUCUUGGCCAGCAGGUCAUCAAAAUCAGGAGUCAGCCCAGUGGAUGCAGAGGAGGGCCAUGAAGUAGCUGCAUCGGGCGCAGGGGAUGAAGACAAGGAACAAGAAGCAGAGACAGGAACAGCAGACGAAGCAGUUUGAUUGUUGGCUGUUUGAUUGUUGGAGCUCAGUAUGUGCGGUUGGAUGUUGUGUUGUUGUUUCUGUGUACCCUGUCCGUGUUUGCUGUAGUAUAGGGGGUAGGUUUUUUGCCCCGUAGCUUGGCUUUCGAUGCCGAGGCCAAGCAGCGGGUUUUCCUACCGCGUUGUAACCUGGGACCUUUAGCUGUUCCUUUUGUGUUCAUUAACCUCUCUUUUUGGUCUUUUGUUUGUAAUUUGAACCUUGUAUUUCCGUUAUGAAAAUUAAUGGAAACAGGAACAGUCCCAGUUGGAAAAAAAAAUGGAACAGCAGACGAAGUAGACAAUGAUAUCCAGGAGAUCAUUGUGUAAAGACACGUUUUGCUGCCACAUCUCUGAGCUUCAUUCUAGGUGAAAGGGAAGCCUACAUCCUACUGGUUGGAGGUUUUGAAUUAAUGAAUCCAGAGCAGCACACCCAAUGGAGCCAGAGACUAAUUUGAUGCUGCAAGUUCAAGUUCAAAUUUUAUUAAUUUUGGUCAUCUAUUUGGCGGAGACAAGUGCCAUGUAAUCUGUACUUUAUUUAUGACUUUUUAUGUGGUGAAAAAAUGACAAUGUAGCGUAGAUGCGGGAAGACUAUUUGAUAUUUCCAUUCAUCAGUUGAUACAAACUGAAGAGUUUGCAAACAUAAUAGCAGGGAAUCAUGUGUGUGUAUGACAGGUGUAUGUUUGGGCCAGCAACCUCGUUCAAUGCAAAAUAACAAGAUAGAUUCACUUGUCUACUAUGGUAGCUCAA